AUGUCUGCCAGCCAGAGGUUUGCCUUUGCACUAUGCAUUUUAGAAAUAAGUUUGCUGACCGCCGAGCCCACUCCUAGUUCUGGCCCACAGGUAGUAGAAGACAAUGAGAAGCCACUUCCCAUAGACUGCAGAAUGAGCUCCUGGAGCGAAUGGUCAGAAUGUGACCCUUGCCUCAGACUAAAGUUCCGUUCAAGGAGCAUUGAGAUCUUUGGACAAUACAACGGGAAGAAGUGCAUAGAGGCAGUGGGAGACAGACAACUGUGUGAACCCACGGAGCCCUGUGAAGACGUGGAGGAGGACUGUGGCAAUGACUUUAAAUGUGCUACAGGCCGAUGUAUCAAGAGACGGCUUCUGUGUAAUGGUGACAAUGACUGUGGGGACUUUUCAGACGAGGAUGAUUGUGAAGGUGAUCCCCAUCCCCCCUGCCGUGACAGAGUCGUGGAAGAAUCUGAGCUGGGGCGGACGGCAGGCUACGGGAUCAACAUCUUAGGGAUGGACCCCCUAACCACACCUUUUGACAAUGAGUACUACCAUGGACUCUGCGACCGCAUUCGGGAUGGAAACACCCAGGUCUACUACCGCAGACCCUGGAACGUGGCUUCUCUGGCCUAUGAAACCAAAGCCGAUAAAAAUUUCAGAACUGAAAGUUAUGAAGAACAGAUAGAGGUAUUCAAAACCAUUGUCCAAGAGACGACAUCAAAUAUUAAUGCAGAAGUAACUUUAAAAUUCACACCUACUGAAGCAAUUGAAAAGUAUAAAAGUACGCCUGAAGAAAAUAAGUCUUCUCGCAAAAAUUUCUUCCGUCCUACAGAAGGUGGGGGCAAAUUUGGACUCACAUAUUCCAAAAAUGAGACUUACCAGAGCUUACUCUCACAUUCUUCUAAAAAGGAAAAAAUGUUUCUGCUUGUGAAAGGAGAAAUUCAACUGGGGAGAUUUGUGAUGAGAAAUCGGGAUGUCGUUCUGACACAAACUUUCUUGGAUGAUUUAAAAGCUCUGCCAAGUACCUACGCAAAGGGGGAAUAUUUUGCAUUUUUGGAAACCUAUGGAACCCACUACAGUAGCUCUGGGUCUUUAGGAGGAUUCUAUGAACUAAUAUAUGUUUUGGAUAAAGCAUCCAUGAAACAGAAAGGUGUUGAACUAAGGGAUGUGAAGAGAUGCCUCGGGUUUGAUCUGGGUUUUUCUGUGAAAGCUGGAGUUGAACUCAACGGAAAUUUUAGUAAAGAUGAUUGCUUAAAGAAGGGUGAAGGUAGUAGUGUAAACAUGAGCCGUGAUGGCAUCAUCGAUAACGUUAUUUCACUCAUAAGAGGAGGAACCCCAAAAUAUGCAUAUGAACUGAAAGAGAAGCUUCUCAAAGGAGCCAAGACGGUUGAUGUAACUGACUUUGUAAAUUGGGCCACUUCCUUAAGUGAUGCUCCAGUGCUCGUAAACCAAAAACUAUCUCCUAUACAUAAUCUGGUUCCAGUACACAUAAAAGAUGCACAUCUAAAGAAACAAAAUUUGGAACGUGCCAUUGACGAUUACAUCAAGGAAUUCAAUGUGGGAAAAUGUGACCCGUGCCAAAACGGAGGUACAGUGGUUCUGCUGGAUGGACAAUGUCUGUGUUCCUGCCCCGUCACAUUUUCAGGGAUUGCCUGUGAAAUCAGUAAACGAGUAGCUUAA